UGAUGACGUCACUGCCCGCACCGGCGGUGUCAUUCUCCGACAGGCAGUCAGGUGUCGCGCUUCUUGGACGCUGCGGCGACGCCCGCCCGCCUCACAUCUUUAGCGGGGCGACUAACAUCACCACCGCCGCCCCCCGGAGACUCUUCAAUGUCCACGCGUGACGUGGAGACGCAGGGCCGGUAACAACGCGGGUGGCCUGACGACGUGUAGCUGCUAAGCUAGCGGAUCUUGGCGCGCUUUGGCCGGCAGGAGAACAUGAAAUGAAGGCCGCCUCGUGGGAAGUGACGCACAAGUCUUGCACGUCUUGCCAGUUAACCAUUGAGGCGAGUUGACCACGCACGAGUCUCGUCUCCUCCCGUCCAGCGCUAACAUCUCCGGACCUCAUUCAGCCUCUUGCCUUCUUCAGUCAUGAUGUAGACUCGGCCAGCGCCGUGAUGCUUCAGGUGGAACGCUCUGUGACGAGCAGCAGCGACUGAUUCUCUCUCCUUCGGUACACCACACACCUGCCUCUCUAUGUCUCCCCCGAUUGGCUGGAAGUGCCAUGUCGUCCGCCAGACCCCCUGCGGCCCUGCCCCUUAAGAAGGGAAGGAAACUGGAGAAAUUAGAGGUGAUGGCUGAGCCGGUUCAGGCCACCAAUGAGGAGCUGAGAAGCAAAAUGAUGGACAUCCAGAUCGAGCUUCAGCAGGAGCGUGGCAAGGUGUGCAAGCUACGCGAGCGCCUCCAGGAGCAGCGCCAGGCUCGGGAGCUGGAGCAGCACAAACACGCCGUAGCCAUCACCGACCUGCGCGCCAAACUCCACGAGGAGAAGCUACGCGAGACGGCGGUGGCGCGUGAAGCCCUCGCAAGGCAGCAUGAAGCCGAGCUGGCUAGGACGAUAAAGAUCCGGGACAACGAAGUCCAGAGACUCCAGGGAUUGGUGAACGCCCUGAGGGACGGAGCGGCUGACAAGCUGAAAAACGCCCUUCUCGGCGAGGCUCGAGAGGAGGCCAGGAGAGCCUUUGAUGGCGAGAGACUUAAGCUACAACAAGAGAUCCAGGAAUUGAAAGCAGGCAAGAAGCAGGCCGACGAGGCGCUGACCAACGCACUGCAAGCGGACAAAGCCAAAGCAGCUGAUCUGAGGACAGCUUACCAGCAGCACCAGGAUGAGGUGCAUCGCAUCAAACGCGACUGUGAGCGAGACAUCCGUCGAGUGAUAGAUGAGCUGAAGGCUAAAGACCGCGUGGUGUGUGCCCUGGAGAGAGAGCUGGGGAUGCAGGCCGGCUACACCCAAAGGCUUCAGCUCCAGAAAGAAGCCCUGGAUGAGCAGCUGGUUCACGUACGAGAGGCUGAGAGACACAACCAUGGCAGCCCAAAGAGAGAGGUGGUGCCUAGGUUAGGGGACAGCACAGACCUCCUCAACAACCAAUUUGUGUUAUCCUCCUCCUCCCCUCUGCCCCCUGCUUCCCAGGAAGCGGAGGAGCGUGACACGAGAAGGUUCCAGCUGAAGAUAGCCGAGCUGCACUCCGUCAUCAGGAAACUGGAGGACAGGAAUGCGCUGCUGGCUGAUGAGCGGAAUGAACUUGUAAAGCGUGUGCGAGAGGCAGAGAGCCAGAUGAAACCCAUGUUUGAAAAGUCCAAGCGCCUUUCAAAGAAGAACGACGACCUCCUGCAAACGCUGCAGAGGAUGGAGGAGAAACUCAAAAACUUGAGCCGUGAAAAUGCUGAGAUGAAAGAAAGAGCUUCCUCCUCCCGUCCAUCCUUCCCGCAGCAAACCCAUCAACCCCAGCUAAAAAGGCCCAGCUCCCUAACAGACUUAAGCCACGCCCACGAGGAGCAAGAAGUCGAGUUUCUCAAACUCCAGAUUACGGAGCAACGAGGCAUCAUCGAUGAACUGACUCAGGAACGUGAUCGUUGGGUGUUUGGCAAAAAGACAAGAAGAAAACCUGGCAAACUAACCAAAAGGCAUGUUGUGGAGACAUAUUUUGGAUUUGAUGAGGAAUCUGUAGAGUCCGAAACCUCCUCCCUGACCUCCUUUAAUACCGACCUCACCGACCGUACACCUGCCACACCAGAGGAGGAACUAGAGGAGACUGUCUCUCGCGAGGAGUCUGAGCUUCGAUUCCGUCAGCUAACCAGAGAAUACCAGGCUCUCCAGCGGGCUUAUGCCCUCCUGCAAGAGCAGACAGGAGGCUCUCUGGAUGCUGAGAGGGAAGUCAGGACACGUGAGCAGCUGCAGGUGGAGCUCAGCGGCUGCCAGGCCAAGAUCCUGGACCUGGAAAAGGCUCUGGUGGAGCGGGGGCAGGACUCCAAGUGGGUGGAAGAGAAGCAGCACUUGCUCAGGACAAACCAGGAACUUCAUGAAAAGAUGUGCAAAAUGCUGCAGGUGGAGUCCGGGCUGCAGGCCGAGGUUCAGGAUGCACGGGACCAGAACGAGCUCCUGGAAUUCCGGGUUCUGGAACUGGAAGAGAGAGAGCGCAGGUCUCCAGCCCUCAAUCUACACAUGUCUGCGUUCCCUGAGAACAGCAGCAGUGCACUGCAGCUUUACUGCCACCAGGAGGGAGUCAAGGAUGUCAUCAUCCCAGAACUGAUGAAGAAACUGGAUAUCCUUGGAGAUAACGGGAAUCUGCGAAAUGAGGAGCAGGUAGCAGUGAUCCAGGCAGGCACAGUGAUCUCUCUGUGUGAGAAGUGGUUAAAACAGGUCGACAACACCGAGGCCGCUUUGACACAGAAGAUGAUCGAUUUGGAAAAUGACAAGGAGCUGUUCAGCAAGCAGAAAGGCUUCCUUGAGGAGGAGCUGGACUAUAGGAAGCAGGCCUUGGACCAGGCUUACAUGAGGAUCGAGGAGCUGGAGGCCACGCUGUAUAGCGCUCUGCAGCAGGAGCAGCCGUCAUGCCAGGCGGUGGCCGAGUCGCUGACAGACAGGCAGAAGGAGGAGCUGAGGCUCGCCGUGGACAAGCUGCGGCGCCAGAUUCUCAGGCAGAGCCGGCAGUAUGACAGUCAGAUCUUACAGGAGCGUAUGGAGCUCCUUCAGCAGGCCCAGCAGAGAAUUCGAGAGCUGGAGGACCGGAUCGACUUGCAAAAGAGGCAAAUAAAGGACAUUGAGGAAAAGGUACUCUUGUCUUAUGUUACAGCAAUGUGGUGGUUGCAUCUUGUCAAAAGUAACAUGUAUCUUUUUCUUCUCUUCUUUUAAAACAAUGAACCCUUUCGUUUUAGUUUUUGUUCCUUUUUUUGUUCUUCUCUUUAGCCUUUAUUCUCUGGC